AUGCGUCUCCCCUACGUCCCCGACCCCCCGCCAACCAGUGAUCCCGACGAAGCGAGAAUCUUGGUGAGUGUGCAAGCCCGACGGGCACCACGCCCGCUUCUCCCGCUCGACCUCGCUCUGCUGCAUUCGUUCCCCGUCGCCGAUGGAUGGAAUUCUUUUAUUGGAGCCAUCCGGACUCGAACUAGUCUUUCAACCGUUAUCCGGGAGCUUGCCAUUUGCCGUGUCGCCGUGAUCAAUGGAGCUCUGUUUGAGUGGGAGCAACAUGCGCCUUUACUGCGGGAGGACGGAUUGAGUGAUGAGGCGCUGGCUGUGGUCGGGGAUGCCCACGUCGACUUUGCGGGCAAAUUGGCUGGUAGUACCCUGACGCGGGAUCAGCGGGCGGUGUUGCAGUAUACGGAUGCAAUGACCAAAACGGUGACGGUGCCGGACCAAGUGUUUCAAGAGCUGAAGGAUUGCUUCACUGAGAAGGAAGUCGUCGAGAUCACGGCGACAGUAGCUGCCUAUAACUGUGUUAGUCGGUUUCUAGUGGCAUUGGAUGUGGGAGAGAAGAAUCACUGA